UUAUGUUUUUCGUUGUUUAUUGGUUGCCAACGAGUCUUCUUCUUCAACAAAAAAAAGUGUUUAUGCAAAUUGUUUGUGGUACUUUAUAUUUUAUGAUUAUAAUCCAGUUUCCAAACACUUUACAAAAGUUUGCGUGCAAAAGGAAAUUUAUUUAGUGCCAGUUUUCACCCCAAUAUUCUUUGCUAUACACAGAAUGAAAGCGGUCAAAAUAUACGAUGCAAAAGCGCGAAAGCGUGACAUUGAUGAGUGGAAGUUUGAAAAAAAGAAAACCGUCGACAAAUACUUCGACAAAUGGUCAAAAAUCACAACAAGAUAUGAACAAUGGACAACACCUGAAUACUAUCAAACUGCGACUUCAAACUACCACAAUAGUGAGGAGAAACGAAAUCGAUCGGUGGCCUUAGAAAGUCGACGCGAAAAAUUGAAACGAUUAUUGGACACAGAAAAGGAACAAUAUGCAAAAGAACGUGAAGAAUUAUCGAAGCCAAAGCUGCGUGGUGUAUCAACUGAAACACUGAGAGGGAUUCAAGAGGUGUACAAGCGAACGGAGGAAGAACGGAAACGACUUGAAUUUGAAUCACAAUUGUACAAACGCUGGCGACCCGGAUCUCGCGAAGAAAAUAUUUUGCUGAGCUCAAGAAGUAAUAACGAAGCAUUGGCGAAAAUGAAUUGGCUUGAUAAACAGAUUGCUCAGCAACACGAACGAGAAAAGAUCGAGCAACAGCGUGAAGUGGAGCGAGUACGUUUGCUCGAAGAAUUGCGAAAAGAUGAUGAACGAUUAAGUGCACGAAAAGCUGAACGUGACGAAGAAGUGGCUCAAAUCAAACAAUUCCAAGAGCAACAGCUUACCGAAUUAAAAUCACGUGAAAUUGAAAGCGAAAAAUUGCGAAAAGAUGCCAUUGAAUUGCGUGAAUGUGAAAAACAACUAAAGGUUGAAUUGGCAAAUUUAAAUUUGCAUGCAAUUCAACGCCACGAACGAAUUCAAGUGUCACAUAAUUUCCGGCGUAUAAAAUUUCAAUUAAAAAGUCAAUCCGAAUCAAUUUUAAAGGAUUUACACUAUGACAUUGGUGUUUUAGAGCGAUUAUCCACUUACUAUCACACCGAUGAUCAACAAAUUGCACGCUUACGUGAUAAAUUUGAAAUGGAAUGUGACUUGGAGAUACAAAACCAACGACACAUCGAAGCAAUGUAUGAAUCAGAGGCAAAAGUUUUUGCUAUAAGACAACAGGAGAUUUGGUUGAAAGAGUCACAUGAACGAGAGAAAUUAUUACGCAAAUUAAUUGACGAUCAAAUCCAUCAGAUUAAUACUGAAACCGAUUAUGUAAUUGUACGUCAACGUGAACUCAGCGAUUUGCGGGAUAGUCUCCGUCGUUCGAUUGACAGCUCAAAUGAUCGGAUGAAAAACUUACUUGGCCUGAACAGCAUUGAUGAAGAACAGCGAAUCAAAAGUGCCGAAAACGUUCGAAAGUCAAUAACGCCGGUGCUCAGUACUCCAAAUACCGCCAGAGAAGACAGUCAAAGUGAAAUAUGUUUGCCGGAUCUGUUUUCAAAAACAAUGAGUAUUAACAACGACAGCAUUGACUCACCGAUAUCAUCUUCGGGCAGACCUCGUUUUGGACGCAAAAAAGUUGCAUGGACCUAGGGGGGGAAACCCGGUUCUUUGUGGUGAAAAAAAUGAAUCUCAUACAUUUUCAAAUAAGAAUAAAAAAAAAGACUUUUUGUUCCUGAUUUUUAUAAUUGACAUUUUGCCAUUUUAAUUAAAAAAAUAUU